AUGAACAUCCCAGAGAUCAAGUCUUAUCAAGAACAAGCGAUUGAUACCGUCGUUUCUGUGAUAAAUCGGGCGAAAGAGAAGUUGGGGGUCAGACAGACCUUAAGACAACUUGCAAAUAGCCGUGAAUUUGCCUGCAAUGCCAAAUUAUCCUUGAAGGCCAUCGGUCCGCCCUUUGCCAUUACCUGUGAGAAAUUUAUCCUGAAGACGAUAGAAAAAAAAUGGAAACUCGCUGAUAAAUUUAUGUACGUUGUUAGAUACAUGGGAGAGUCUAAAAAUGAAGUGUCACAGUAUUACUAUUUUGAGGCAAUAUUCAGCCAGCCGACAGCCUCCUACCCCAUACCUCAGGCCACAGUAUCAGUGUUCUUCAUACUUGAAGACAAGCAUACUGAACCAACGAAUGAAAGAGGGGUGCCGAUGCUAAAAGCUCUAGCAGAGCUCGGGCUGCUAAACUUGCCAGAUCACUGGAAUGAGACUUCUCGACAGACCCAAGCUCGCCAAGCCAUUGAUGCCGAGCGUCACGCGGCUCAAAGAGCUGCUAAGACCUCUCAACAGUCCCAAGCUCGCCAAAUCAUUGAUGCCGAGCGUCACGCGGAUCAAAGAGCUGCUGACACCCAAGCCCGCCAAAUCUUAGAUGCUGAGCAUCAAGCUUCGUACAUAGCCGCAGAGACCUCCGAAGAAACACGUAGACGACGUUUAAUUAAUGCCGAGCGGCAAAGGAGACGUAGAAUGGCCAAUAAAGAGACCCUAGGUAUGUGCUGUUCUGGAGGCAAAGUAUCAGUACCAACGCUUGAUGACCCCGAGGAGCAACGACAGAAAUGUUCUUCAGAGUCGAAGGUCACCACACAGAACACGACAUACGCUUUGUAG